AUGACCUCAUUUCCGAUGUUCGCAGCGGACGCUGACCAGGCCGAAGACGUCCGAAUCCUCGGCUACGACCCUCUGGUGUCGCCGGCGCUGCUUCAGUCGCAAAUUCCCGCGACGCAGGCGUGCCUCGAGACGGCGCAGAAGGGUCGGCGGGAGGCCAUCGACAUCAUAACAGGGAAGGACGACCGGGUGCUGGUGGUGGUCGGGCCGUGCUCGAUCCACGACCUGGACGCGGCGCAGGAGUACGCGCAGCGGCUGAAGAAGCUGGCGGAGGAGCUGGAGGGCGACCUGGUGGUGGUGAUGCGCGCGUACCUGGAGAAGCCGCGGACGACAGUGGGGUGGAAGGGCCUGAUCAACGACCCGGACGUGAACAACACUUUCAACAUCAACAAGGGCCUACAGGCGGCGCGGCAGCUGUUCGUGAACCUGACGUCGAUCGGCGUGCCAAUUGGGUCCGAGAUGCUCGACACCAUCUCGCCGCAGUACCUCACGGACCUGCUGUCGUUCGGCGCUAUCGGCGCGCGCACGACGGAGUCGCAACUGCACCGCGAGCUAGCGUCGGGGCUGUCGUUUCCGAUUGGGUUCAAGAACGGCACGGACGGCUCGCUGGACGUGGCACUGGACGCGGUCAAGGCGUCGUCCCACUCGCACCACUUCAUGGGCGUGACCAAGCACGGCGUGGCCGCCAUCACCACGACGAAGGGCAACGAGCACUGCUUUGUCAUCCUGCGCGGCGGCAAGCGCGGCACGAACUACGACGCUACGUCCGUGGCGGAGGCGAAGGCCAAGCUGCCCCCCACGGGCGUGCUGAUGAUCGACUAUUCGCAUGGGAACUCCAACAAGGACUUCCGCAACCAGCCGAAGGUGAACGAGGUUGUGUCGGAGCAGAUUGCCAACGGCGAGGACAAGAUCGUCGGCGUCAUGAUCGAGUCCAACAUCAACGAGGGCAGCCAGAAGAUUCCGCCCGAGGGCAAAGCUGGCCUCAAGUACGGUGUUUCGAUCACGGACGGCUGCAUAUCCUGGGAGACCACCGAGGAGGUGCUGAGGAAGCUCGCCGGCGCCGUCCGCAAGCGGCGCGACCUGCGGAAGACCAAAUAA